AGCCGAAGCGUUUGCGGCGUAGCUUCGUCGGCGCUCCCGGACGACUUGGGGCAGAUGCUGCUGCCGAAGUUUGGCUCGGCGCUGUGCACCACCCUGGCCGAAGCAGCGGCGCUGGGAAGCAGCGUGGGUCCAGAAGAGGCGUGCGGUGGCGGCGAGAUAAGUCCCCCUUCCGCAGCAGAUGCCCACGAGAGUCUCCCCAAACCGCCAGCCGUGACGGUUAGGAAACUUCAGAAGUGGAUGUACAAAGGACGCCUGCUCUCCCUGGGCAUGAGAGGCCGCGGCGCGGCCGCCGGGACUUCCCCUUCGUCACCCGCAAAGGCCCCUGGGGCCUGCGGGCCACUCCUGGGCAGAGAAGAGGGUUCUGCGGAUCCGCAGCCUGCCCCCUUGGGGGGGCACGGGGGCAAGGGCCUAGUGGCCCCUUCAGACCAAAGAAUCUUGCUGACAGAUCUGAUUGAAAAUGUUUACAUACCCUCUGUAAGCAGAAGAGAACUCAAGACAUUUAAAUCCAUUGAAGGAGCAGAGUGCAGGCCUCGGAUUACCAGCAUCACAGUGUCAAAGAAGCGGAACUGGUUGCAUCAAAGUUCUCCAAGAGUACCUAAUUUGGAGAAAGGAAACUCUGGUAAAAAAAAAUCAGGGGAAGGCCACCAGGUACUGAAAACUCCCAGUCCUUUGCUUGAGCCAAAGAUGACUCAGACUUCUUCCACACUUAUAGGGCAUGAGAGCCCCAAAAGAAGAGUCCGUUCUGUACAUGCUGCUGUGAAUGGGAUGAACCCAUUGGUGAUGCAAAAAUGUACUUUAGAUUUUGGUGAUGAUAAUGAUGCAGAUGAUGAAGGAGAAAUAUGGUACAAUCCUAUCCCUGAAGAUGAUGAUCCUGACUUCCCUUGUUUUAUAAGCAGUAAUGUUGAUCAUUCAGACUCACAGGCCAUGAAUUUUAAGGUGUCCUCUGGAAGUGAUGUGGUUAAAACCAUAGGGGAUAAUGAGGGCCUUCUACACUUUACAGACAGUGCUGGAAAUGCUCAGCUGAGGGAAUUUAAUCAAGUAAAUUGUGUUCAUUUCAUGGAACACUCUCAAGUGCCACAGCCAAAGCCUGGAUGCAGUAUUCUGACUGGGUCUGCGGUGGAGGACAGUUCUGCAUUAAAAAGUGCUCUGGGAGGAUCUGGAAUCUUGUCUACAAGCAAAGCUGAGACAGGAAUGGUAGAAUGUUCUCCUCCAAGUCCAACCCCUUUGAAAAAGGUUGGUUCGAUAAACUGGUCUUUCCCAGAUAAAAUAAAAUCCCCAAGAACAGUAAGGAAACUUUCCAUUAAAAUGAAAAAAUUGCCAGAGCUCAGCAGGAAGCUGAGCGUCAAAGGAAAUUCAAGCCAUAAUAGUUCAGAUAAUUCUUCACUGGUUAAACCCAGUUGCCAGAGUAUAGGCCAUGCAUCUUUACCCUCUUCUGGGAACAUAGCAGCUGCUAGCAGGAAUGUUAUAAGCCGGUAUCAUCUUGAUAGUAGUGUAUCCUCGCAACACAGCUACAAAAAAAAAAGCAAUGGGAGUUCCAAAUCUUCUAGCAAAGGGGGUUACCUCAGUGAUGGUGACUCUCCCGAGCUUAUAACGAAAUCAGGGAAACAUGCAGCUGAAAGCAGGACUGGGAAAGGAAAGGAAGCAUUUCCAAGCAGCAAUGGUAAUAAGACAGAAAUAGACAUUGAUGCUUUCCGACACUACAAUUUUUCUGACCAGCCCAAAUGUUCCCAAUACAUAUCUGGACUCAUGAGCAUUCACUUCUAUGGUGCAGAGGAUCUGAAACCACCACGGAUGGACUCAAAGGAUGUUUUCUGUGCAAUUCAGGUAGAUUCAGUGAAUAAAGCAAGGACUGCCUUGCUGACAUGCAGAACAACGUUUUUGGACAUGGAUCAUACUUUCAACAUAGAAAUAGAAAAUGCUCAGCAUUUAAAAUUAGUGGUCUUCAGCUGGGAGCCCAUGCCACGGAAAAACCGGGUUUGCUGCCAUGGUACGGUGGUUCUUCCUGCUCUUUUUCGAGUGACAAAGACUCAUCAGUUGGCGGUAAAGCUGGAGCCCAGAGGCCUUAUUUAUGUCAAGCUGACCCUUCUGGAACAGUGGGAGAACUCUCUCAAUGGACUAGAUGGAGAUCAAGAACCAGUAAUGUUUGGAGUUGAUGCUCGGAAAGUUGUUGAGAAGGAGAACGUAGGCUUGAUGGUGCCCCUCUUGAUGAAGAAGUGCAUUAUGGAGAUUGAAAAAAGAGGCUGCCAGGUUGUAGGCCUGUACCGUUUAUGUGGAUCAGCAGCUGUCAAGAAAGAGCUCCGAGAGGCAUUUGAGAAGGAUAGCAAAGCGGUUAUUCUCUGUGAAACCCAGUACCCAGAUAUAAAUGUGAUAACAGGUGUCCUCAAGGAUUAUUUAAGAGAAUUACCUUCUCCCUUGAUCACCAAACAACUCUACGAAGCAGUGUUGGAUGCCAUGGUGAAGAAACCUUUGAAAAUGACAGCAAAUGGAUGUGAGAAUGACCCUAGUGAUUCUGAGCACACAGUGGCUCUCUUGGAUUGCCUGCCAGAAGUUGAGAAGGCAACUCUAAGGAUGCUGCUGGACCAUCUGAAAUUGGUGGCUUCAUACCAUGAAGUAAACAGAAUGACAUGCCAGAACUUAGCUGUAUGUUUUGGGCCUGUGUUACUGAGCCAGCGGCAGGAAACCACCAAUCAUAACAACAGAGUUUUCACAGAUUCAGAAGAGCUUGCCAGUGCCUUGGAUUUUAAAAAACACAUAGAAGUUUUACAUUACCUACUCCAGUUGUGGCCAGUGCAACCACUGAUCACCAGAGGAUCUGCCUCACCCGAGCAGCCAUCUUCCAUGAGUUAUCUGAGACCUAAGAAGCAACGGCCUCAAAUGUUGAACUUAAGUGGUACUGAGAUGUCCAGGAUCCUGAGGCCUAGGCCAGCUAGACUCGAUAGUCCUUCAAGUAACCGCUAUGCUGGAGACUGGAGUGGCUGUGGAGAGAGCUACUUUACUGGUCCCAAAGAGGCUCUGAACGAAGCAGACUAUGAUGACGUCCCUUCUGAAGAUGCAGAAAGUGGGGACGAUGCUGGCAGAGUGGGUGGUUCAGAGACGUUGCUUGGACAACCCAAUUGCAUGUCCAAAGAACAUACAUUUCAGGCUUACUUGACAAUGCAAACAAUGGAUUCCACAGUGAACCACCGGGUAAACCUCAAGGACUUACAGGAAAGCAUUGAUAUUCUGAUAGGAAACUUGGAGCGGGAACUCAAUAAAAACAAAUUCAAUGUCAGUUAUUAAUACUCUCCUUCAGCAACACCUCCCUUUUCAUAUAUCCCUUUCCCUAAGAGUUGGAAAACACCCAACCAUGGGCAGAGUGCUGGUAUUGUAAUUGUAUUGUGCAGUGGUUUUGUUCUACCAUAGGGUUAGUGCAUUAACAUUUCACAGUCUCUUGCUUUGACAUUGCUUCUCUCUCUGUCUACCCUUCCCAUUCUUAUUUGAAAAAGGUAUCAGCUUGACUACCUGAGUUUAGAUUGGUAUAUUACCUUUUGUGAAAUGAUUCUAGAAUUCCCCCUUUCGUCUUCAAGGUACUAUGCACUUAUAAAAUCAAAAAUCACGAUGCAAGGUACACAAGGCAGAAGCUCUGCUACAUCACUCAGGAGCAGCACUCCUUGUUCCUGAAACUUUAGCCCUGGUACCAGAUGCUCCCCCGGAAGGGAGGAUUAAUGUUGUUGCUUAUGUGAUAAUAUGCAGCACAAGCCGUAGCUAGAUCGUGUUCUACCAUAUUUAGACACCUUUUCACUUGCAAUGCAAAAGCUGCUAUGAAAAAUAAGCUUUUUUAUAUAUCUGUCUCUAUCUAUAUAUAUGAAAAAGUUUAAUUGUACAAAAUAAUAAUGUAUUCUGCAUUAACACUUUCCAGCAAUUAUUUAAAACUGCAAAAAUUAAAUAUUUUUCUAACUUU